GAAGGAGGGAUCGUCGGUACUCCUCUGCUCACGAGCGUGUGGCGAACCGACAGAGACCGGAUCUGACAGCCGCAGCGCCCCCGCGCUUCUUACCCAGACAGGGUGCAGCGCUCUGAGGCUGGACUCGGCCGAUAAAGCUCGGCAACCUCGGCGCGGGAUUCGUGCUCGACCACCUGGCUCUCCUCGUCGCUCCGUCGUGUGAGGACAGAUUUACUGAGCCGUUAACGUGGAGCGUCUCUCCCCAAACGCACAAACACUACACACAGGCACGCUUUCUGGACCGGAGACGAUGCCACCUGCUCCUUCGUCCUCCGCUGACCUCUCCGCUCGACUCUGAACGGAUUUCUGAAUGGUUUACAAAUCCGCUGGAUUAGGAUAUAGAGCGACUGCGGCCAAGAACAGCAGAACAGUGGAAGUAACAGCGAGCAGAAGUUGAGACGCAGACUGGAUCUUCCCCGGAUGGUUCCUGUUGACUUCGACUGAAGAGCCUCUCCGUCACUUCUCAUCACUUUACCCCACACGGGGAUUUACAUUAGCCAAUCUGGAGCUCAACUCUUUUCUUGCAAAAGCCAGAGGAGGACAGCAGGGAGAGGUGGGGGCUGAAAUCAGAGCCAUUGCCUUGGAGGUGGAGGCGAUUUAUAGCGUGUUUGUGCAGGAAGAGGAGGAGGAGCAGUGGGAGGAGAGCAGGCAGAGUGAAGGAAAGGAGGGCACGAAGCAGUGACAGAGGGCGAAGAACUGGGACAAAAGUCUGUCGAGAGAGAAAAGAACUCUGGAGUUUAUUGUUGGAGCUUUGAAAGAGGAGGAUUAGAAGGAGGGAAUGAGGAGGGCUUGACUCACUCUAUGCAGCUGAAUUUGGAUUUGCAGCCACAUGUGCAGGAGAGGAAAAACGCAGGUACGGCGACAGGAUGAAAGGAUGCUGCAGAGACCUGCCGAGGGACUGAGCCCCACCUGAUAACCCCCACCCCGCCCCUCCCCUCGUCCUCUUCCCGACCCCUGACCCUCAGAGCCCUCAGUGCCGCUGUCCCAUCAUGAACCUUCUUUGCCGCGGGCGCCUAAAGCUGCUGGCGGCGUCACUCACAGCCAUCGUCCUGCUCACCUGGCUCUACCUUCUGGCUGGAAACCUGGAAAAUGGUCGUUCCCUUCUCCUGACUCCUUGCCUGGCGGAUACUCCAGCUGCCCAGGUCCUAGAGCGGGCCGUCCUCGAGUCGCGGGUUCGGGAGGUGGAGGAGGAGAACCGACAGAUCCGCCUGCAGCUCAGCCAAUCGCAGGGUAUGGCUGGCCAGGCAGCGGAUGGUAACUAUGGCAACCAGCAGUGGGGUGCGUCUGCAGACACGGGGCCCGAGGAUGGCGACAACACGGCCGAGGAGAAGAACAACCACACGGGGUGUCCCCGCUCACCCACCGUCCAGAAGUGUGAGCUGAUCCAUGUAGCGUGCGUUUGUGCCGGUCAUAACGCCAGCAGAGAUGUGGUCACACUGGUCAAGUCGGUCCUCUUUCACAGGAGAAAUCCUCUUCACUUUCAUUUUAUCACUGACACAGUAGCAAAUCGAAUCCUGAGUUCUCUGUUCCAGUCCUGGAUGGUUCCAUCUGUGCAAGUCAGCUUCUACGAUGCAGAUGAGCUCAAGUCCGAAGUGUCGUGGAUACCCAACAAACACUACUCAGGUAUUUACGGCUUGAUGAAGCUGACGCUAACCAAAGCUUUGCCCUCCGACCUGUCGAAGGUCAUCGUCCUGGACACAGACAUCACCUUCGCUACGGACAUCGCUGAACUCUGGGGCAUUUUUAGGAAGUUUACUGAUAAGCAGGUGAUUGGUCUGGUGGAGAAUCAAAGUGACUGGUACUUGGGCAACUUAUGGAAAAACCACAAACCGUGGCCUGCGCUGGGAAGAGGCUUCAACACAGGCGUCAUUCUUCUGUACUUGGAGAGACUGCGGCGAAUCGGUUGGGAGCAGAUGUGGAGGCUGACGGCAGAGAGGGAACUUAUGAGCAUGCUCAGUACAUCACUCGCUGAUCAGGACAUAUUCAACGCCUUCAUAAAGCAGAACCCAGUCCUGGUGCACCAGCUUCCCUGCUUCUGGAACGUUCAGCUGUCUGAUCACACGCGCUCCGAGCAGUGUUACACCGAGGUGUCUGACCUCAAGGUGAUCCACUGGAACUCUCCUAAGAAGCUCCGCGUCAAAAACAAACACGUGGAGUUCUUCAGGAACCUCUACCUGACCUUCUUGGAGUAUGAUGGAAACCUGCUGAGACGGGAACUGUUCGGCUGCCCGACGCAGGCCAGUCCAGAGAGCGUCAAGCUACAAAAGGCUCUGGAGGAGCUGGACGAGGACGAUCAGUGUUACGACUUCCGUCGAGAGCGACUGACAGUGCACCGAGUUCACCUGUAUUUCCUGCAGUAUGACUACACGCCCACUGAGGACAACACUGACAUCACUCUGGUGGCCCAGCUCUCCAUGGACAGGCUGCAGAUGCUGGAAGCCAUCUGUAAGCACUGGGAAGGCCCCAUCAGCCUAGCUCUCUACAUGUCUGACGCUGAGGCUCAGCAGUUCCUGCGUUAUGCCCAGGCCUCCGAGGUCCUCAAGAACCGCAAGAACGUGGGUUACCACAUUGUCUACAAGGAGGGCCAGUUCUACCCGGUCAACCUGGUGAGGAACGUGGCCCUGAAGAAUGCCAACACACCCUACGUGUUCCUGACUGACGUGGACUUCCUGCCAAUGUACGGUCUCUAUGAUUACCUGAGAAAGUCUGUGGUGCAGAUGGACAUGGCUCACACAAAGAAGGCUCUGGUGGUUCCAGCUUUCGAGACCCUUCGUUACCGUCUGUCCUUCCCCAAAUCCAAAGCCGAGCUGCUCUCCAUGCUGGACAUGGGGACUCUCUACACCUUCAGGUAUCAUGUGUGGCCAAAGGGUCACGCACCUACCAACUAUGCCAAAUGGCGAACAGCCACCACGCCCUAUAAGGUGGAGUGGGAGCCAGACUUUGAGCCGUACGUUGUGGUGAGAAGAGAAUGUCCUGAGUACGACCAGCGCUUUGUGGGCUUUGGCUGGAACAAGGUGUCCCAUAUCAUGGAGCUGGAUGCACAGGAGUAUGACUUGAUGGUCCUGCCGAAUGCUUUCAUGAUCCACAUGCCCCACGCUCCCAGCUUCGACAUCUCUAAAUUUCGCUCCAGCUCCAGCUACCGCAACUGUCUGAACACCCUGAAGGAUGAGUUCCACCAGGAUCUGUCCAGGAAGUAUGGCUCUGCAGCUCUCAAGUACCUCACUGCCCAGAGAAACAUCUAGAAAGUAGACUUGUUAAGAGCAGCUCUGUCAGCCCUGCGAGCUCCGACGUGUACUGACGCUGGAGGGGCUUGGAGUGUAUCGAGUGUGGAUAUAAGCUUUACAGCCCUUUUGAGCAUCCCCGGGCUCCUGUGCAUUAAUUCUCCAGUCGACUGCAACUCGGAGUGACUGAGGACCGGACGCAGAGACGAAAACCAAAACAGGACAGCACAGCUGCGGAUUUGUAACGCGGGACUCUGACACGGCCGAAGGGGACAAUAGAUGAGAGUGGAAACUGAUGGGACUAGCUUUAAGGCGAGGAAACAACAACCAUAUUCUUACAAUUUGUUUUGACAAUCAGGGCUUUUUUCAAGCAGACACACAGUGAACCAGUCGAUCUCCACGGAUAUUUGGAUAUUUGGCACCUGGGGGAAAAACUUCCGACAUUAGGAAUCAUAUUUGGGAGGCACGUCGAACUGGAGAAAGAUUUAAGCCUUAUCACUUUCCUGAUAUUUACUAAGAUAUUUAAUAUUUUCUUUUCUUUUUUUUUCUUCAGUGCAAAUCUGAACCAAUGAUAGUGAGCAUUUGCAUUUACAAUGUUUUGAUUAUGGCUUUACACAAGAAUCAGUUUUUUUUCUUUCUAUAUUUUCUGACCUCUUAUAAAGAAAUCCAUAGUGUCCUGGUCAAACGAUUUAAGUUUCUUCUGUGGGCUUCAGGGAUGUGCUGUGUGUGUGUGUGUGUGUGUGUGUGUGUGUGUGUGUGUGUGUGUGUGUGAGACAGAGAGAGAGAGACGGAACAAGCGAUCCAGCUGCAUCACUGGGCACGUCUUCAACACGCUUACAGCUCGUCUUCAGUGUCACGCUUGCUUCUGUCUUGCAUGUAAAGAGUUGCACAACACGUUCUUUUCAUGUUGGAAAAAUCUACAUUUUUCUCCCAUGAUUCCUCCCUUGGAAACAGAAAAUUAUUGAUGAGAUGUGUCAUUACCAAUUGGGACCAACUCACACGACCAACACCGACACAUAAUUGUCAGUGAUGAGAUGAAGCUAUUGGCUUUGAAAUAGGAGCACGGUGACGGGCAGGAGCUUAUUUUUUUGUGCCAUUACAUUUAUAAUGUGUCUGAAUCACUGGAUUGUACGUGCCAUCUACUGUACUGUUUUACCCACUGUGCUGCUGUUUUUGUAAAGUCCAGCUGAAAUGUUUCUGCAGCCAAAGUUCAGUUUUUUGUUAUUCCAACUUUACCUGCAGACUAGAAUCUGAAGGAUUUCUGCAGUUUGUUGUCAGAUUAUUUUGAUGCAGAUCGAGUCUUCUAAUCAGGAGGUGACGUUGAAUUAUAACAGGAAAAAGAAGCUUCUGUGUCCUCUUCUCUUUGCCAAAUUGAAUAUUUUUCCAAGCUAAUUUUACAUGAGAUUUGAAGCUAUUUAAAAUGAAACAGCUGACCGGCUAACUCAGAACACAGGAUGUGCUUGAAUUUUUACUGACAGAGAAAAGAAAAGAGUAAAAAAGUAGUGUAGUGUUCCCAACUUUGUGUCAUAGCCUGUUACAUGAUAUCAGCGACGGGCUCGGUCACUCAGACCCGUCAAUAAACCUGGAAACCUCACAGGAAUAACGUUGGUGAGGGGUGGUGCAGUUGGAGAACUACAUCCUGCACUGACAACCUUGUGAUUGCUUUAGUUAAUGCGGUCCCCCGUAGUUUUUUUUUGUUGUUGUUGUGAAAUGCCAAGUUGCAAACGCUCCCUAACUAACCACUGAGUGAUAGUAAAACUAUCAGGAGUGCGACACAAACCCGAGAAACUUCAAAGUAAAAGUUGUAUUUUUUCAAUGAAAUGCACAACUUGUACUCUGACACCUGACGUUCUCUGUUUCAGGUCAACCAGAAACCUGAUAGUUUCACGAUUAGUUAGUGAGUGUUUGCAGACUAGUCUUCCAUAUGAACUACAGGUGACCAUGGCAAUCUUCUAGCAACCAAAGAAAUAACAGGGUAGUUUUCAGUGCAGCACUCUUUGUGAUUAACGUCACUGAGGGACAGCAGUCACCCACCACCAAGCAUUCUCCAACCAGUUAUUCCUCCUUACCCGACGAGCCUGCAGGCCUGUGAGACUGGAGACGAAUUAAUGAUGUAGUGAAAUCGGAGCAUGAGGUCACUGGAUAUCAAGCGCAAUUACAGUAAACUUCCUGUCCAGCAAUAUUUGGUGUUACAUUUGUUUGUAAGGCUGUUUACAUCCACCAAACAAAGUUACAGGUCAAAGUCUGACACAAAAGGCUUUUUUUGUUUUGUUUUAUCUGUUACUGGCACAAAAGAGCUUCAGUACGUUGAUGUCACAACUGGUAGUAGGGACUCAAGAGCAGAGCGGUUUGACGUCUCCAAAAACAGUUUAUUUACAACACCGGUGCACGAUAUAUACAGUGAAGGGAAAACAUCCAACUCCAGGGAAUCACGGGGAAGCUCUCUCACACUCGCUCUCGUCUUCUCGCCCAAACUCACACACGCUCACACGGUAGGGAGGUCACAGGUCCAGGAAGGAAAGUCUGUGGUAGAGGAAAGGGAGUCACUCACAAAUCACGAAAUACUAAGCAGAUAAGCUGGGAGAAUCACUAACGUCUGUAGUACAAUCAUCCAGCGACGAGAAGAUCUGUGCUCCAGCCUCAAAUAGUGCUUCAGGUGAUGACAGCUGAUUGUUGUCAGGUGUGUGGGCCAAGGGCGGGAGCCCACAGUGAGCUCCGCCCAGGCAGAGAGAGAGAGAAAACAAAACAAACACAUGCAGCAAUGCGGAGCCGGCCGGCAGGCACGGAGACCAUGACAGUUGAGGCUUCAUAAAGUCAAGAUGGUUAGUUUUUUUCCCACCAAUGCACAUUUAUUUGCACUUUGCUCAGAUGCAUUUAGAAAAGUAACAGAGCCGUGAAAGUGCAGCAUCAAGAAUUAAAUACAGUGUGACUGAAUAUUUUAAAAGGAAGAUUAUAAGAAAUCUGAUUUUCUCAAAAGAUGAUGUCCAUUCAGUCUUAAAGUGUGGUUGAGGAUGUCAUCACGUGGAAAUCAGUGCUGACAUCUUGUGCCGGUGGUUUGUUAGUCUUUACAGUGGGGACGCUAACCCUGCACCCAGUUCAGAUCUUGAUACCAAGCUAAGAGCACAACCAGUCUAGUCAAAAAUAUCUGACGUGUAUCAAACUGAAUAACUUGGUUACAAAUGGGUUUUCUUUAAAAUCACAAGAAUACAGCGAGCGUCCGAAUCGGUAAAUCUGUUGACAGCUACAUGUUCAAGUUGUAAACAUCCAACAGCAGCAAACUGGAAUGCAGCCGUCAAACCAGAAUGCUUCUCCUGAACUUUCCACAACUGAUCCGUGUGCUGCAGAAAGAUAUUUAUUUCAGUUGGACUUUAUUCAUUUUCUGUUUGUUUUUAAUGAUGCUCUGUCCAACAUUUCCAAUCAGUAAAGUAUGAUGAAAUACAUUUGUCAUGUUGUUAUGACAUGUAGCAUUGGACAUGAUGGAUAAGUCCUACUGCUUCAGUUUAGUUUAGUUUUUGGUUAUUUGAACGCUUUGGUCAGUUAUGCUCAGAAGCAUCCGUGUUUAACGUUAUGUUGGAGCUGCCUGCAGGCUGAUCACGAUGUUUGCAUCCUUCCCUGUAGCGCAGGAGAGCAAAACAAGUACCAAGGUGCAGCGUUAUCGCUUGUAGCAGCAUCGCGCUGUAGUUUUGUUUUUGAGCAUUCUCUACAAAUUUUCAUCUCUACCUGCAUUUAGAGGGGAGGGAAAGGCAAGCGGAAAAGACUUCAAGCAGAUCUCGUGUAAUUUCCACUGCAAAUACGGCAAACAUGGGAGGUGGGUCACGAGUGACGGUGUAUGUGACGGCCGUUUGACGAGUCCAGACGGUGCCGUGAAGAGCCCUGCUCCCUGUCCACUCCCACCCACACCACCUCUAUUGCCGUGUUGUUGAUUGUGGUAAAUGCUAGUGCCUUUGCUGUAUUGUGAAACUGGAUAUUGAUUGUACUGUUGUACCGACAGGGCCUGGGGAUAGUCAGGCGCUCUAUUUAUUAUUGUUGACUCAAAUCGAUCAUAUUUUUCUAUGUAAGUGCUUUAAAUAAAUUUGCCCUUUUUAUCA